GAGGGAGAGAGGCGCGCGCUAGCUGCGUCAGCUGCGUGUGCUGUGUGGCGGAGACCCGCCACAACAGAAGCACGCCGCAGCCACUGCAGGCCGGCUCCCGUCGGCGAAAUCCGCCCGCCGCUCACCGCCGCGCUCGGCCCAUCGUUUCCGAUCCCUCCUUCGCUGCCCGUGGUGCCGGCGUGGUCGUUCCGACGCGAUGCUCGUGCGCGUGGACGCCCGGCGAAGGCAACCUUCGGCGCUGCGCCGCCGCCCCGACGUUCGCCGAUGACCCGAGGCCACUCCGUGAUCGCGCUGGAGGAGAUACCGUAAUCGCCCAUCAUCGGCGCAUCGUUCAACGAGUGCUGCUUCGUGACGAUCGCCGAACGCUCGGGCAGAGCUGCAAGGCGUGGGCCUCCCUUGUGUGCAUCUAAGGGACGUCGUUGUGCCGGCGUGUUCUGAUCGAGGAUUUUUUUGGUUUGACCACCCCGACCAUCCCAUGUGGAAACUACAAUUGAUCACACCUUUGGUUGAAGAAGCACCUUGCCCCACUCGCCAUGUCCUUAACGCUACCACAUUGUCUCACUCAACUAAAAUAUCCUGAGUGCCUCCCAUCAAACAAAAGAGCACCACCGGGUAGCAGGUGUUCUGUGCUGUGGCCUCCACAUUCUGGCUGCCUUUGAAGGAGGCAACGACAGCAGCAUGGCAGGCCACCAGGCAAGCUUCUCUGCGAGCCGGUCGGCCCCAGAGGAGGAGCGAACGUCGGUGCGCAUUUCCCUGCAGCCCUCGCAGAUUGCACUGCCCACGUAUCGCCACUCAUCCGGGGGCAGCAUCAGCCUCGGCGGCCGGCGCUACUCAGGCCUGCUGCCUAUGCUGUUUGACCGGGCGGCACGCUCCUGGUGGGACCCGCGCUUCGACUCGCACAUCCUUGAAGCCCAGUACAAACGGAGCACAUUUCCGCAACUACGCCAGCGGUUCCAGUAUGCCCUCUGCUACUGUGUGCUGGCUUCCCUGCUGUACUGCAUCUACUCGGCCAGCAUGGUGCGGCCGCACUGGGUUGCUGCGGUUGUGGUGUCACUGCUGGUAUCAGUGUCGAGCGUGGCUGCUCUUGUGUUCACCCAAUCACGGCACUAUACUGCCAAUUAUGUCAAGGUGUCGCUAGCCACCGUGGUUGUGCUGUGCACGGCAUCCCUUUCAGUGUUUGCACCAAUUGUACACGAGCGUGGCGAUGACAGUGCAGUUCACAUUUUGUCUGUGGGGGCCUUCUCGCUCUGCAUCCUGGUGCUCAUGAUCACAUAUGCACUGCUGCCAAUGCCCCUGUAUUUGGUCGUGGCUGUUUGCAGUGCCUACUCAAUACUUUUUGAGAUCUUUUCGGCACUGCUCAUUCCCACUCUUACGGGCACUGUUGUGGCUGUGCGCGUGCUCCUUCAGCUCUGCGUUCAUCUCGUCGGUCUGCACACCCGAGUGAUGACUGAGAUUGGAAUGCGUAACACAUUCUUCAAAGUCGGCCAAUCACUCAUGGUGCGUCGUGACCUUGAAGUGGAAAAGCAGCUUAAGGAAAAAAUGAUUCAUUCGGUCAUGCCGCCCAAGGUGGCCGAGUGGCUUAUGACCAAUGCAGAAGAGGAUGACACGUCCUCCGAGCAGCCUCGAAAGCCUUCAACCAGUCCCCGGCCCUCACAGAUGAUCUUCCGUCCCUUCAACAUGCACCGCAUUGAAAACGUCAGCAUCCUCUUUGCUGACAUUGUUGGCUUCACACAGAUGAGUGCCAACAAGUCUGCCGAGCACUUGGUGGGCCUUCUGAAUGACCUUUUUGGGCGCUUUGACUAUCUCUGUAACAAGCUUGGAUGUGAGAAGAUAAGCACUCUUGGCGACUGCUACUACUGUGUCUCCGGCUGCCCCGAGCCGCGUCCUGACCACGCCCGUUGUUGUGUGGAAAUGGGACUUGCCAUGAUACGUGCCAUUGCUGAAUUCGAUGAGGACACCAAUGAGUCGGUGAAUAUGCGUGUGGGUGUUCACACAGGCACUGUACUGUGUGGCAUCGUGGGCACCAAGCGCUUCAAGUUUGAUGUCUGGUCCAAUGAUGUCUCCUAUGCCAACAAGAUGGAAUCAACUGGACGACCUGGCAGGGUGCAUGUGUCAGACAGCUCUCAUGCAUUCCUCAUUGACCAUUACUACAUGGAGGAAGGGCCGAUGGACCUAAAUCGCAAGACCUACUUCAUCAGAGGCCGCAAGCCAACAGCAUUCGACAAGGCGCAACAGAUGGCGUCGCGACAUUCCUGGCCUCACACCAUUGGUUUUAUAGAAACCACAAAGACCAUUGACACUCGAAAAGUCAGCUGCCCAGCCCACCAACCUGGGGACAUUGAGGAAGAAGUUGCUCCCAUGCUACCCCCUGUCCACCGCCACAGCAGCCUCUCAACACUGAACAGUAGCCGCAAAGAUUCGGGCAUUCGGAGCAGGCAGAGCAGCAUUCAGGACACAAUGCCGCGGCAAGCUAAGGCGCUACGCUUUAAUAACAAUGUUCCUGUGUUUGUCAGCAUGUGGCAGGUGAACAUCGUAAAGCUCCUGGACACUCCAACGCCGCUGUAUGCACAGCGGGCCAGUGGUUACUGCUCAAGCUACACGUCCGUGGCAGACACGGGACGGUCCAGUGGCUCUAGCCUGCGUGGCUACAGCAUAUUCGUGGACCCUGCACUCAUGCUCAACGAAAGCCUGUCACGGUUGCGCCACCUCCGCAAACAGUCGGACCUGCAAAUGAUACGCUGUAUACAGCAGGACUCUUGUACCAUGGACUACUUCAUACGUCCACCUGUGAAUCCUGUGACCCUCUUCUUCAAUGAUUCAGAGAUGGAGCGCAACUACCGGCAUCGGCUCCAUCACCGUGACCUUGCGCCCACUAUGGCCUCUGCCUCAUUCACCACCUAUUUUGACAUUUUUGUGGCGCUGGGUUUUUAUUUGAUCAUUAUGUUUGCUUGCUUUGUGCUGUUUGAUACACCUGUGUCAUGGCUAUUGUUUUGCCUCUUUGCAACUAGUGUGCAUCUCUGCAUUUUCAUGCUGUGCAUCCGUGAAAUCUUAGCCACUCGAGGCCAUUGGGUAGCCGACUGUUUGGCGCAGAUCUACCGUUACUGCACUGAGUGGUACCCUUGGCACAUGGUCGGACUUGUCCUGGUCAGCUUCCCCAUCGGUGCCAUCUUCUCAAAUUUCACCUGUGCUGGUGUGCUUUCGACCCCAGAACGUACCAAUGCCUUCUGCUAUGUUGUCUUCGUCUCUCUUCUGCACUUCUGCAACUUCACCCAGCUCAACUUCUGGCUGCGCUCUCUGCUGGCCACAUGUGCAGGAGUAGUUUUAGCUGUCCUCAUUGGCUUGCCAGCGUGCCCUUGUCCUUUGCGGACUCCCAUUCGUAACGUCACACAUCUUGAAAUCAUUUCUGACCUGGGUGUAGAGCUGCCAGGUGUCAGUUUCCAUCGUGAUUCAUACAGCUGCAACCAGUCAGCCAUUUACGAGAUAGUACUGCACGUUGUGCUCAAUACAAUCCUCGUCUGGCUGCUCAAUCGUGAGUUUGAAAUAAGUUACCGGUUGAGCUUUCAUGGCAGUGCCAUGGCAGCUCGUGAUGAGCAGCGCAUACAGUCUAUGAAAAAUCAAGCUGACUGGCUCUUGCAUAACAUAAUUCCUCGCCAUGUUGCCGAGCAACUGAAGAACACGUCUAAGUACUCUGAGAACCAUCGUGAUGCAGGAAUCAUUUUUGCGAGUAUUGUCAACUUUCAUGAGAUGUAUGAUGAGUCAUAUGAAGGAGGCAAGGAAUAUCUACGUGUCCUGAACGAGCUUGUGGGGGACUUUGAUGAGCUGCUUUCAAAGCCGCUCUUUCGCAAUGUCACAAAGAUCAAGACCAUUGGGAGCACGUUUAUGGCAGCUUCUGGACUGAAUCCCAAGCUGCGACGUGAGAAUCCACAUCCUUUCACCCACCUUUUUGAAUUGAUGGACUUUGCUAUAGCCAUGCAACAAGUGAUUGAGAACUUCAACCAGAAUCUUCUUGAGUUUAACUUUGUAAUUCGCAUUGGCUACUGCUACGGUGAUGUCACAGCAGGCGUCAUUGGCACAACCAAGCUCUACUAUGACAUCUGGGGAGAUGCUGUUAACACUGCCAGUCGAAUGGAUUCCCACGGAGUUCCUGGGCGUAUACAGAUUCCUGAACACUGCCUUCAGGUACUGCAGGAGCUGUAUGUGUUCGAGUCACGAGGUUCAAUAUAUAUAAAGGGGAAGAACAACAUGAAUGUGUACCUUCUUGUAAGGAAGAAAGACAAAGUCUUGUACAGGAUUCUUCCAUCGACACAGCGGCCAAGCCUUAGUACAGCAUCCACAGCAGAUGAAAAAGAGAAAGCCGCUCCUCCUGAUGAACAAGCAAAAGGUGAUGAAGUUGAAAAGGAAGCAAAAAGUGAAGAGGGAUUGCCAGCAUAAUGGUGCGCAGGGCCUAAUGUAAGCCUUGGCCCUAAAUGAUCUUGUCAAGCAAGGUGGAUACCGGUGACUGAUGUUUUGACAAUAUGCAAGCUGCCAUACUGCAGUCAACAAUCCAUAUUAGUGGUGACCCAGCAGAACUUGAUCAAAAUGCCAAGUUUCAUGAAAUGGCAGUGCUUUGGAUGCAUGUGGAUGUGUGCACACCGCAGUGUGUAUGAAGUGUGCCGAUUCUCAUGUAUGUGUGGAUGGUGGUGAACGUAUGUUUAAUGUUCUAAGUACUUCAGCUAACAGACAAAGAUAGAAUGGUGUGCUGAAUCUCACUGAGGAUAGUAGUGCUUGGUGUUUUACACAAUAUUUUCAUCCUUGAUUUCCACCUUAGAAAGGUGAACUGUCAAAGCCAAGACGAUGAUGUGUUCACAAGACUGCGUUCUGUUAAAGUGAAAAGACAAGUGAACAAAAUGCAGUACAGGAAAUCUAGAAAUGCUUUGGACAGUAGUGUUUUUGUGUAAGAGUCCUUUCGUUGGGUGUUUCUGUAAGCUUUUACACAAUGUUGUUUGUUGGCAGCUAUAUGAGAGAUUCACUGAGAUGCGUGUUUAGGUAAUUGUGAUUUAUUUUUAUUUGUUGUCAGUAAUGUUUACAAUUUAUACUCUUGUUUUUAAUACUGUGUCAUUUGCAUUCGUUGGUUUGCAGGCCUUGCUGCAUGGCUCAUAAGUUCUCACUUUGUCGUCAUUUUUUGGGAGCUCGCUUAUUUCUUCCUGUCUGUUGUAGCAGCUGCCAACAGUUGUGGAUUUGCUUAACAGGAUUCUAUUCUUGUUCAUCUAGCUUGUCAUACAUAUAGCAACAGUGUCGACAUAGGAGAAUACUGAUACAAAGCACGAGACAGGGGCUGCGUACCAACUGAGACUAAUCACAAUCGCAAAUUGCUUAUGCGCAUAGUUUUGACGAUAAACCUUGGUUGGUUCCUUGCGCUUAUCAUGUGGUGCGAAAUCCAGUCCUUUUCUUUUCAGGACAUGCAGCUGUUUAAUCCUUUAGGUGCCGGGUGUUUUUCGAAGUGCAACAAAUUCAACUUCUGUCCAAAUAACACAUUAACAGGCUUUCAAUUGAAAUGUUAUUUAAGGGCAAUAUGUUUGGUAGAGAUUUACAAAUGUUCUAAAUCUGAAAAUUAAAAAAAAAAUUAGGACUUAUGCUACUAAUCAUUUAAUUAUAAUUAGUGCAUCUCAAGCAAUAUAGACUCUUUGUUGCUGUCAUUGUCCCUUGAAGACACCCAUAAGUAACAUCAAAGUCCCCUGACUCAGAGUUCAUAAGAAAUAAGGGGUUCUUAGAUUUCUGGAUCGUUAAAGAAACAUGCAGAUUUUUUGUGCUGGUUCGCCAUGUUGAAAAUUGAUAGAUGCAAGCAACACUGAUAGUCAUUAAGCUUUGUCAAGCCAUCUCUUGUAUAAAAACAGUACCUACCAUAAAAGUUUAGAUAAUCUAGCUUUUAAGUAGAUGGUGGAACCAGUCUACGAGGGUUUCACCUUCGCAAAUUAUCUCUGGCAUGGCCAAGGGUGCGCAUCGGUGGCCAUGUGAUUACACUCAAGCAAGGCACUUAAAGGGCUAGGUAACAAUCCUUUUGAGAUCGUGAUUUCUCCGCUUACGUUUUAUUUACAUUUUACUAUCAUCAGCACUUUUCUCGUUUUGUGCUGGUGAAUGAGAAAGAGCACACUGAUUGCCAUGGAAUGCAUUUUAAUGAAAUAUCCUUUGAGGGACCAGGAAACAUGUGCUUAAUAUACUGUAUAGUUUUAUUAUGUAAGACGAUGCUGUUAGCAAACUGGUUCUUUUGGCCAUCUUGGCUUGAGGAAGGUGCACCGCGGUUAUACAUUUUGUAGCAAAAAGAAAAGACUGCUAAAAUUUUGUAUGGCAUAGUCCCUUUAUGCCCUUAUACACAGAAUAUAGCACAGGUGGAUUUUAGAGUGGAUUCAUCACAACUUUGAUUGUGUUUUGUUUCUCAGAAUACUGUGUUAGCAUUUACUGACUGAAUGGCAGUCCUGGAUCUGUUACAAGUGCCAGGUAGUUAAUAUUGUAAAUCACUUUAUUUACAGAGCAAUUUUUGGUUCUCUAGCUGUGGAACCUAGUGCAUUUGGUAACACCAUGAGCUGAUGGGAUGAGCACGGGAUGUAAAACGUGCCUCCAAUACAGCUUAGAAAGGAGGGGAAAGCCUUGAACAUUGCAUUGUUCAAGAAGACGGGCAGAAAUGGCUUUGUAAAGCUAAUCCAUUGUUUCAUUUGUACCGAAAUUUAACAGAAGGGUGGCAUUUAACAGAGGAUUUUGUAACAAUACUAUGUCUUGAAGCAAUACUGCCUGUUUUACCGAGAGCAAUCCUAAAGUGUGCGUUGUCUAUAGUGAUGCUGGACCAAAAAGAGAUUUACGAAUUUGAGGGAAUGGUGGCAUUGUUUGUCAACAGGCGUGCAAAGGCCUGCCACGGAGAUGACAGACUGUGUAGCAUGGAUAAGCAAAUGAGAUGGAUUAGUAAAUUCUGGUAGAUGGCAGCAUCUUCAUUCAGAAAUGUGGUGUGGUUCACCUAACACAUGGCACUGCCAUUUCUUUCCCUGACAAAAUCUGCAUUUUUAGACUGGCAGUGCAGCAGGUGACGCAUACAGUUGAGCCCAAUUACAGUAAACUGCUCGGUGGCACUAGAGCUGUUUGUUAAUUAGAAGUUUGUUAUAAUUGACUUGUCAAAAAAACCUGUAAAGCGAUUUUUUGAAGGCAAGAAAUAUGCUUGGUGAGGGCUUGAUUAAUGAAAAUAAUGCAUAUGGCCCUUAUUACCAGAAAUCACUAAAUGUCUGCUUCAGUAGUGUUGUCCCACUGAUUCCUCAGGAUCAUCGGGCAAUCUGUAUGAUCACUACAUGUAUUCUAGUGUGGAAAACUAACGACGCAUCUCCUACUUUUAACCUUGCAGUGUGACUUUGAUUUGCAAAGUAUAUACUUAGCUUGUAGAUCUUUAAUGCUGCGGCAACUUCAGACAUCAUGAUUCUGGUAUUACAUAAGAAGCGAUGUGGUCCCAAUUCUGACCAUUACGUGUACUGCUACUGACAUCAAGAAUCAUGAGGGGGCAAAAAAUAAGGUACUAUACGAGGAUGCUUGAGUGCCAGCAAAAAAUAAGAACUAAAGGAAGCGUUAAAUGGGUAUGAAGAUAGCCACUCAGUUCUUUAAAAAGGGAAGCACUUGGUAUUGAGGCAUUCUUCAUGAUGAUUGGCUGCUUUGAAGUUUGAUGCCAUUACAAAGGUUGUGGCUAGUAUUUUGAAUACAUUGCAAAUAAGAAGUUAUCUUGUGCCAAAUUCUGCAUGUUUGCUAGCAAAGCUUUUCACGUACGUCUCAUUUUAUGCCUUGGCUGGUCAUUGUGCCCCUGUGUAGCUGUUCCUUCUGCUCAUUCUAGCCAAACUGACAUGGCGAUUGGGCUGUUAUCACUUCGUAGGCCUCUUGCAAGAUUUGUUAGUUGAUGAAUUGCUGCUCAUACUAGUACGCAAGGUUGUCCUGCAAUGGUCCGUUGUAGGUAGGCAUGACUGUAUUUCGAUUCAUUCUGAAUGAGACUUGUUAGCACUGCGUCCAAGUAUUCCAUUAUACAAAACCCACUGCCAAAUGCUGCUUCUGUGUGAAAUUUUACUGCGAGCGAGCUCUGGCAGUUGAACCGGUAAACACAGCUAAACUUAUGGUCCUGAACUAUGCAACAUUCAGUAUGUACAUAGUGAAAUUGAUCUUUCUUCAGACUGGUGAAAUCAACCUAGGGCUUCUCGCUGCUUUCUUGCAAGUGCUGAUGAGCAUCCGUGGCAUUCUACGGGGUGCCUGGCUUCCAAUGCCCAAUUCUGAAGAUACUGUGAAGAAAAAGCAUGAUAAAAUAAUGUGGUGCAUGUAGUGAAAUGUAGUGUUCCAUGGUUAGCAGCUGAAUUCAUAUUAUGCCAAGAACAAAAGAGGUGAAAUUUUUUGUCUUUGCUGCAUUAAUGAAUGAAGAAUCCAACAUGUUUGUUUGGUUUAGUUCUUCAUUAUUCUUUUUUUUUUAUGCCGGUAUCUCUAGAGCACAGGUUUUAGCUUCUAAUUACUGAUGACAGUAUCUCUAGGGCUUGAAUUUGCAUUCAAGCUUGAUGGUACAUUACUGGAAAGCUUUAGCCGAUACGUGCACUUUAUGGCACUAAUGUUUUAGUGAAAUACCGUCGUGGAAAUGCAAAAAGCAGCCCUGGUGGUAAUUCUGGCGAUGCUUUCUAUGGCUCUGUAUUCACUGCAACCAACAUUAUUGUUUUCAUGGUGACACAAGCUUUUUAGUGCCAGACCUUUCCGAACAAAGAAGUGCCACCCAACUGAAGAAUGUUGCAGCACAUUUUGUUUCGACAAAAUAUUGCCAGAUUCAACCACGAGUGAUGCUGGGUUUUUCUUCACGGCAUUCCACUAUUACCCUAACGUCAAAGAACAUGCAGAGCGACUAAAAUUCUGCAUUGUGUGUUGCAGGAAAAUAAUGCAAUAGGCUAACACGAUUUUCUGCUGCUUUGUUCUGGAAGCGAGCACCUGGCUUUGUGACGAACUGUGCGGUGUAAUUUUUUUUUUUGUAUAAAACCUUUUUGCAUUAUAUGAUAAUUGUUUUCGAUGAAUGUUAAGAUACAGCUUUGAAGUCUGGAAAUUGUGCAGAACAGUGUUUGCAGUGUGUGAAGCUGCAUCACGAGAGCUUAAUCGUUCAAGCAUGGUUUGCUUGCGCCCGAAGGUUAUGUUUUGCCAAGGCACAAGCUUGCAUGUUACUGGAAGCACUGUUUUUUCCAGCUGCUGCUGUACAAGUUUGCAGCUGAGGCCAAAUGACAAGCCAUGCUACCUGUCCUUAAUUUACACAACUUUUUACUGGUACUAGAUAUCUAGGCUUUGUACUUUUCUAAAAAAAAAAGGAAAAGAAAUGUUGAUGUUGUGCCUAGGGUAGUGAACACACAGUUCAGUCCAAAGUGUUUGCACCUCAUGCUAGGGAAGAGUGACUGUCUUCUCAAGCAAAGCAUCUAGUCAAGUGUUUUGGCUUUCACAUAAUGCUGGACAAGCAGUCUAUUGUUGAUGACAAUAUCAUCUACAAGCAGGCGCUGUGUCAUGUGUGGAGGUGCCCGGUAUGGAAAGUGUUUGUUACACAUUUCAGGCCCUUGGAGGAUCUUUUUGCACCAUUUUUACACACAUAUUCUGCCUCACACUCGGGUUGCAUUCCAAUGGUCCGGAUGCACAGCUAUGCCUGAAGGCUGAAACACGCCUGUUUGCAGGACAAAUGGGCAUCCCUUUGGCAAUCAGGAAGCAACCCUGGUACCAAGCGUCUCCUUUGCUCUGCCUUGUUAAUGUUCACACAAAAACUCAGUCACAAGUGUCUAUAGCACUGCAUGCGCUUUUUAUACCAAUUCCUUCAGAGAAAGCGCCACUUCUGGUGAUGUGUGCGUGCUGCCUACUUCGAUUUUGUGUGCUCUGUGCUAAAUGAUAUAACAGUAUGGUACCCGGUUAACGCACUUCCGUCUCCAUGCGAUAGAAAUGGGCACCUUUGAGAUCUUUUUGUGAUCCGCCCAAACCCAAAUGGCCAUCACAUGUGGAAAACGCCCAGUAUUCUAAAGGUGCCAAUGAUAUCCAUUCCCUGCAAGAAACGUGGAAUGAGCACUUGAAUGUCACUUUGCACACAUCAAAGCACAGUAUUACUGCGGCAAUUGUGUGUGAUGCCAGGCUGUUUGGUUCUUAUAUCUGUGCUUCUAUACAACCUAAACAGAGAAAUACAGACAGAAAAAUAGAAUGAAAUGGUGGGACUUUUCUAGUCAUGUGAAUUUCUGAACUGUUGUUGUGAAUGUGGCUGGCAAUUACAUGUGUGGUGAAUCGUGCUCGUUCUGUCCACUUGUGUCCUGCUGCUGACCGCCACCAACUUAAUACUACUAUUUGCAUAUCAUUACCUUCAGUGUUGGGAUCAUCUACACAUGUAUUUGUUAAAUGUGAUCUUUGCGCUACACCUGAAAUGUGUUAAAGGGGGCAGGAAGUCAUUUGUUGCUUCUAGAUGAGAUUGAGUGCUAGUGUGUUGAAUCCAUUUUUUACUUGUAUGUCCUUGCCGAUGAUUGAUAUAUAUAUAUAUAUUUUUCAGAAGUUCUGUUGUUUUGGUAAUGUAAAAAGUAUGUUGAUAUUAUUGUCAUGUUUUAGGUUUGAGAGUUUAAACAUUCACUGGUCACUGCAUUCUAAAACAAAGCGGUUGUAUUCAUAUUUAGGUGUAUAUACAUUGAAGAUUAUGAAAAAGACAAGCUUGUUUUCUAUGUACAGUUAUAUUGUUUUUCAGUCUGUAUAGGGGAUUCCCAAAUAAAUUAUUUAUUCAUUUUGUAAAUAAA